GUUGCGCAUCAGCCGUUCCUCGACUUCUUUCCGUGGCCACAGUUCCGAGAUACCUGGAUCCUGAAAGGUAUGGAAUACGCGGACGAGAACUGCGCCGCGUCGUUCGGCACCCGGAUCCGCUUCGAGUGGCCGUACGAGCUCCGCGAUGUGUACAAGAGAAACGUCCUGGGCGAGACGGUGUCCUUUUCCGCGGAAUUUGAGACCCGGUACCAAGAUCUGAGCAGCUGGAAGCUUGAUUCG